ACUGGAUCUCAGGUCUCCGUCCGAUGAGCAGAUGAGUUUUGACAACAUUUCUCGCACACUGGUUUUGCUGUAAACUGGGGGACGCGGGGGCGCGCUCAAGGGGGACGGAGCGCGCAGCCCCGGGAUCAAGUUACAGUCCCAGUCCCAGACUUUUCAAGGCAACAUUUUUUCCUCCAUCACAAAAGUGGGGGAUGGUGAACGCUAUUUGGUUUCUUCCAACUUUUUAGAGUAACGAAAAACGGAGCUGGGCUGAACUAUGCGCUGGAAUUUAAAACGCAACAUUUGUUUACAUCUACAUUGACGCGCCGCAUUUGUAGAAUGAAGAGAUUUUCAAUAGUAUGCGAGAGAGAAAGGAGGCAUAAAAAACUUUGGAGUCGGGCGAAAAGACGUUUCUUCUAAAAGGGAAAAUGUCGAAUCGGGAAUCUAGGAAAUAUCCACACUUUAACCUGGUUUGAAACCUUCCGUGGACUGGAGAUCGACAGUUUAUUUGGAAACAUUUGAUGAAACAUCGCUACAUUGUUGCUCCUCCAAGAUGUCCUCCAAGCGCCUCUGCUCCAUUGUUGGAGGCUUUUGGAUGCUUUGGAUUUGGGCAGCAACCUCUAUAAUCGCCCAGGCGGUCAUCUUGCACCCAAAUGAAACGGUAUUCAACGACUUUUGCAAGAAAUCCACAACUUGUGAAGUGCUAAAAUACAAUACGUGCCUUGGUUCACCUUUGCCGUACACGCACACGUCUCUGAUUUUGGCUGAAGACUCAGAAACUCAGGAGGAAGCCUUGGAGAAAUUAGCCAUGUGGUCUGGGUUGAGAAACGCUCCUCGCUGUUGGGCCGUCAUUCAGCCGCUGCUGUGUGCUGUUUACAUGCCAAAAUGUGAGAAUGGAAAGGUCGAACUGCCCAGCCAGCACCUGUGCCAAGCUACACGCAAACCUUGCAGUAUUGUGGAGCGGGAGAGGGGCUGGCCCAACUUUCUCAAGUGUGAAAACAAGGAGCAGUUCCCUAAGGGUUGCCAGAAUGAGGUCCAGAAGAUCAAAUUCAACACUUCUGGACAGUGUGAGGCUCCCUUGGUUAAAACUGACAUCCAGGCAAGUUGGUACAAGGACGUGGAAGGCUGUGGGAUCCAAUGCAACAAUCCCCUAUUCACGGAAGAUGAGCAUUCGGACAUGCAUAACUACAUUGCCAUCUUCGGCUCCAUCACUCUCCUGUGUACCUUCUUUACGCUGGCCACAUUUCUCGCCGACUGGAAGAAUUCCAACCGUUACCCCGCUGUGAUCCUCUUUUACGUCAACGCAUGUUUCUUUAUCGGAAGUAUUGGAUGGCUCGCUCAGUUCAUGGACGGAGCCCGCAAGGAGAUUGUGUGCAAAAGCGACGACACUAUGCGGCUUGGAGAGCCAUCAUCCACCGAGACACUAUCAUGCGUGAUUAUCUUCGUCAUUGUGUAUUAUUCGCUAAUGUCUGGGGUUAUUUGGUUUGUUAUGCUCACUUAUGCCUGGCACACAUCGUUCAAAGCCCUGGGCACCACCCAUCAGCCUCUGUCUGGGAAAACGUCCUAUUUUCACCUGGUCACAUGGUCAAUUCCUUUCAUACUGACAGUUGCUAUAUUGGCCAUUGCAGAGGUGGAUGGAGAUUCGGUUAGCGGAAUUUGCUUUGUUGGUUAUAAGAACUACAAAUACCGUGCAGGGUUUGUUCUGGCUCCAAUCGGGGUGGUCCUGGUGGUUGGCGGCUAUUUCCUCAUAAGAGGGGUUAUGACAUUGUUUUCCAUUAAAAGUAACCAUCCGGGGUUGCUCAGUGAAAAAGCUGCUAGUAAAAUCAAUGAAACCAUGCUGAGGCUUGGUAUAUUUGGAUUCUUGGCCUUUGGUUUUGUUUUCAUCACUUUUGGCUGCCAUUUCUAUGACUUUUUUAACCAAGCUGAAUGGGAAAAAAGCUUCAGGGAAUAUGUACUAUGUGAGGCGAAUGUCACCAUAGCUCACCAGACCAACAAGCCGAUCCCAGAGUGUGCCAUCAAGAACAGGCCUAGUCUGCUGGUGGAGAAGAUCAACCUCUUCUCGAUGUUCGGCACAGGCAUUGCAAUGAGCACGUGGGUCUGGACGAAGGCCACCAUCCUUAUCUGGAAACGUACCUGGUUUAGAAUUCUUGGACGAAGUGAUGAUGAGCCGAAACGCAUUAAGAAAAGUAAAAUGAUUGCCAAGGCAUUCUCAAAGCGAAAAGAACUGCAAAAGGAUCCAGAAAAAGAGCUGUCCUUCAGCAUGCACACCGUUUCUCAUGAGGGACCUGUGGCGGGUAUUAACUUUGACCUGAAUGAGCCAUCAAUGGAAAUGUCUUCUGCGUGGGCACAACAUGUGACCAAGAUGGUGGCUAGAAGAGGGGCGAUUUUACCACAGGAUAUCUCUGUGACCCCCACAGGAACACCUGUUCCGCCUCCAGAGGAAAGGAACAAAUUUUGGAUGGUUGAAGCAGAAAUUUCUCCUGAAAUGAUGAAAAGGAAGAAGAAGAAGAAAAAGAGAAGGAAGGAAAUACGGCCAACGGGUCCUGCAGCGGACGAAGGGAAUCCUGCCUACCCCCGAAGGGAGUUUGGCCCCAGCGCAGUCCCCCGUCUCCCAAAACUUCCAGGUCACCGGAGUCUGGUGGCUAACCUGUGGGAGCAGCAGCGACAGCAGCAGGAGGAACAGGAUAUGCUACCUGGAGCCUUUCCAGAAUUCAGGCCUUCAUGUCCUAUUCCUUACCAGGAGAGGUACGGUGGGUUGGGAUACUUACGGAAUAAACCCUCCAGCCUCCCUCUUGCCAAUCCCAUGACACUACGAGAUAGCAUGCAAGACGAUACGGGUGGCUUCCAGCAAUCAUCAUGGCAACCUAAUGGGGUUUUCCGACACCUUGGGCAGGAGGCUUCGGUGAUGGAUGCUGGUAGGACUGCUGUUGUGCCACGGGGCGAUGGCAGGAGGGGUGUUCCAAUACACUCCAGAACCAAUCUUAUGGAAGCUGAGCUAUUGGAUGCUGACUCAGAUUUUUAAAGUUGUUGGUGCUCAUUUUGCGCAUUGAAAGGUGCUGGAUACUCAUGCCAAACAAUGAACCUGGAGCAGAAGUGGAUUUAAACUGCUGUGCUGGCUCUGCUUGUCUAAAGGAUGAUACUUUUUAAGCAACUCUCGUGAUAAUAAGAAUUAUGAACUGGAGUUAUGAAACAGAGUCAUAAAGACAUCUGUGCCUUGUACAUGGAUUUCAUAACAAUCCCGGAUGUGAUUCUCGUGACAGUACAUAUUGUUCAGUUCGCUAGCUGGGCUAAUAUGACAUAAUUUUGAUUCCUUUCAUUGUCUGGAAACAGGUUAGUGUGUAAAAGGGCUUUAUUCACGAAUUCUACAUCUUAUCUUAAAGGGGAAUUGUGUAAUUUCUACAGCACUGGAGUUUCCAAUGGAAUCACAAACAUAAUGACUGUUUUCAGACAGGUUUGCCUAUCUGUCAUAAUCAAAAAUAGCCAUUUUUCAGAUCUCUUGACCUGUAGGUGGCGCUGUAAUCAAAUUUGGUACAUGCCUUCAGAUCAUGGUGCUAAAGAAGUGUACCAAGUUUUAUUUCAACAGAUUGAAGUAUUGCCAAGAUACAGCCUUUAAUCUAAUUUUGGAUCAGCAUUGGUAACUUAAAGGAGAAGUUAACUUCCAGUAUGAAAAUUUCCUGAUAAUUUCCUCACCCCCAUGUCAUCCAAGAUGUUCUUGUCUUUCUUUCUUCAGUUGAAAAGAAAUUAGGGUUUUUGAGGAAAACCUUCCAGGAUUUUUCUCCAUAUAGUGGACUUCAAUGGGAACCAAUGGGUUGAAGGUCCAAAUUGCAGUUUCAGUGCAGCUUCGAAGGGCGAUCCCAGGAGAGAAAUAAGGGUCUUAUCUAACAAAACAGUCAACCAUUACAUCAGAAAAAUACAAAUUGAUAUACUUUAUGUAUACUAAAAUGAACAAAAAGACAGUCUGUACUGUAUCUGUUGGAAAACCUCACAAUUAGACAUCCUUGCACACACCUUUACAGACAUCAAGAAAAGGAACUGCUAUUUCUUAAGAAAGAGAAUUUAUUCAUAGCUAUUAUUGUUUUUGUUUGGAAAAAUUGCCUGGUGCAAUCACAAACAAGUCCAUCUCUCUCAUUCAAAGAGUAAGAGAAAAUAAAGGGCAUUGUUUUUGUUUGAAAAACUGUAGCUCAAAAUGCCAAUGGUUAUGUAAGAUUCAGUUUCCAUUGACAAUUAUUUCUGUACAGUGCUAUUACAAAAACUAUUUUUGUACUUUAUGUUGUUUUUGGGGUUUUUUUCACCAGUUUUAUUUUAUGUUAUUUUAAACUGUACAUACUUUAGAUCACAUUUUUACACCCAUUGGAGUGUUUUUUUUUCAUACACAUAUGGAUUUGAUUCUCGGUGUGAAUUUUGUUAAGCUUAUUUACACUUUUUUAUUACGUCCUUGUUCAAUUUUGCUUAGAUCGCUGUUAAUAUCUGUGGCAAUAUUAACAGAAAAGCAGCUGUGCAGCAUUUUUCUGACAAUUUGAAGCUGUCCUUCAAGAAUGUAUUUUAAGAAAAAGUGUUUAAUGAAGAUGCUUGUGCUCUGUGACUGCGAUUACAUCUAUUUUUCCCCCCAUCACUGUUGCUGUAAUUUUCUCAUAAGAGCCAGUCUGUCCUUAUCAAUGCUAUUUUAUGUCAGUAUUUUCAUGUGUGUGAGUGAUCUUUGCUGUUUUCCUGUCGGAGUCUCAUUCCUUUGUAUAUAUUUUUAAUAUUGACAUACCAUUAUUGAAUAAAAUGUACUGAUUCAGAUUAUAAA